AGAGAGAGAGAGAGAGAGAGAGAGAGAGAGAGAGAGAGAGAGAGAGAGAAAUUCUUGUAAUUCGAUUUUUUUGCUACAAUGAAUUCUAGUUUACAUUCUAUAAAAUUCAUUUGUGUCAAGCAAUGGUUGUGUGGUGUAAAAUCUUUAUUUACACCGCAUCCAAUUCCUAGUGGACCCCUUUGUAAAUUAUUUCGUUACUCUCGGAGUUUCAGGAUUGUCCAGUUCAAAUUCUAGACAGAUAGGAUGUUUCGGCCGCUUUUUGGUAUUUUGGCCGGCCGAAAUUAAUGCCUCUGGUACGAGUAAAAGGGUAUUAUUUGUAAAUUUUUUGAACAGCUUUGCUACAUGCAACCGAGACGCGAAACCAUGGGGAAUCGGCUGACACAUCAGCCGAUGUAUUUAAAAAAAACAAACAUAACACAGAUGAAAAUAUUAGAAGCUAGAUCGCGUUUGGGUUUGGGGAGAUGAAAAACACUGUGAUUUUGGGUCUGGAAGAAAGAUCGCGUAUGGGUCUGGGGGGAAAGAUUCAGAUUUCAGAAAUGUUUUUGGACAUGUGAUUAUCAUGUCGCAUCUGGGGGGAAGAAAAACACUGUGAUUUUGGAUUUGGAAGAAAGAAUAGAUCACUGCCGUCAUUGUCGGCUUUCCGAUCUGGAAGAGCUCUUCGACGUCGUCUUCGUGUGGGUUAAUGCCUGCCAGAAGAUAGAGUGCAUCAUCACGCGGGGGUCCUUCAAGGUUGAGAGAAAAUGGGGAUGAGUAUGGGUAACCUGAAAGGCCUAGGAGAACAAGCAACAAAGCUGCAAAGUAUUUGAUGGGUUUUGCUUGUAUUGACAUUUGGGUUUCUGGGGGUUUGAGUUUUGGUGGGUGUGUUUGGUUUUUUGGAUCUGACAUAUGGGUUUUGCUGAUAUUGAGGGAAAUUUAAUUAAUUUUUCUAGUAUAUCAGUGAUAAGAAUAUAUGAUCUAAAAGGGUUCGCACAAACGAACAUGAAGAAAUUACUUGUCCUUCAUCUUCAUAGCUUAGGGUUCGCGGCUUCUUCUUCUCAUCUUCUUCUUCGCAUCUUCCAAACAGAGUCCUAAAUAGUAAUUAAUUCUUUUGUUCUCAAUUCUAAUGUUUUUUUUCCACCUCAAAAUCAAUCGGAAAAUCAGCCCUUUCUUUCACCUGAAGAAUGCAAAGUUAAAAAAGUUUGUUUAAAAAAAAAAAAAAAAAACUUAAUACUUGCCCGAAUUUCAUUAAUCCAAAUUUGGAAACUCAACUUUAAGAUGGGAAAUGCUAUUUCCCAACCAAUAAUUUUUAAGUUUCACACAUAGGAAUAGAUCUAGAUUGAGAAUGGUUUAUUGGAGUAGCGCAGUGGUAUCACAUUGAUUGGGAGUUCACCUGAAAGAAAGAAAAUAGAGUCAUUAUAAAGCAGCAAUCGCAUCUACCGCUCACACCUCAUGAAGCAACACCUGAUCAAAGAGCCAAACUUCUGAAAAUCCACGAACCAACUAGUUUAGAGAGGGAAGAUGGAAGGGAGGUCUGGAAAUGGGGGAAAUGGGGCUUUCGAGUGGCAAGGUGGUAGAUGGAGGGAAGAUGGAGAAAAAAAUCUGAAAAGAAAUGAAAAUGGGAAGGCAGUGAAAAGAUUAAACAAGAUGGAAAAAAACUUUGAAAUAAAAUGAAAAGAUGAACACGGAGGAAAGAAGAAACAAAAACUCUAUUUGCACCCGGCGUGGGGAACCCCCUGCGUACCCGGCCCUCCACGUGGACAAAUUGAAAACGGCGCGUUUUAUAUUUAAUGAGUGGGUCUCCUUCUUUAUUUGUAAGCUUUCAUUUUCACAAGCGGGUCUUCUUCUCAUCUUCUUCGAGCAAGACGAACACGGGUACUUCUCAUCUCCUUCUUCUCAUCUUCUUCUCAUAUCCUAAAGAGCAGUAUGUGGUUGCAUGCCCUAAAGAGCAGAUUCGGUGAUGUUGGGUCUUCUUCUCAUCUUCUCAGUGUCCUUUUUCUCAUACACAAAUUUUGAAGAAAAAUGAUUAAGUUGGGCUUUGAUGAUAAAGCAAACUGCAAAUGUAUCGAAAUCACUUCAACCCAUUUGAAGAAGCAUGUUUGUCAUGGCAGCUAAAUCCUGUUUAAGAUAUCAUUCCUAAUCUGAUCGGUUUAGCAUGCACAAGAAACUAAAUCCAAAAGGAAAAUUCUAGUGAGCCUAACAACCAGAUUAGAUGGAAGAUUUGGGGAUAGUUGAGGAAAAAAAGAAAGGAGCUUUUAAAUUAGUCUGAGAACGGCUGUAUUGGUAGAACUAGACAAGUUUCCUCCCAUUUUUUCUACACAUCCAAACAAGAGAAAUAAAGUUGACUUCCCCAACCCUAUCCUGUCGUCUCUACUCUUCAACUCCCAAUCAUAGUGUGAAUUGAAAGAGAGAAAACAGGAAGCAAGGUUUCAGAGAUUGGAUUCGUGUUUUGCGAGCCACAGAUCUCUCUUACCGAUUUUGAGAUUUUGCAAGCGACGAUCUCUCUCAAAAGCAAGGUUUUUGACUUCGGUUUUCUCUCAUUUGUGUUUUUGUAUUUUUUUUUAAUAUAUCGACAUGACGUCAGCCAAUUCUUCCAAAGGUACCCAACCCCGUGUACCUGUAGCAAUUUCCAAGAAGAAAACGGUGUCAUUUACAUUUUGCCACGUGAGAAGUGGUUUCCCCACGGUUCCCAUGGCCGGUUUCCUAUAGACUUUUUCUUUUUUAAAACCAUCCCAACGUUUUGGAAUUUCCCGUCCAUCUUUGAAACCCUUCGUUCUUCCUUUUUUUCACACAGCCGCCGCUCCUCGCCAAUCACUCUCUUCUCUCUCUCCCUCUCUCCCUCGGUCUCUCGGUCUCUCUUCUUCGUGAUCUUUUUUUUUUUUUUUUUCGUUGGACGUCUCACCCUGACGCCCUUAGUCCCCGGUUUCCGUAGCUGACGCCGAACCUUCGCCACUCACGAAGUCGCAUGAAGCCGCAGCCACCGUGACUAGUGGAGGCCGCUGCACCUUGUCCAGCCACAUUGCCUCGCUCCGUCGAACCCUCUUUGCAGCCCCACCUUGCCCCUGAAAUCCAGCCGACCAUCACUUCGAGUUGGGUUGAAAACAUGCACUUUUUCCCUUUUCUGCUUAGUAGCUCUGUGAUGUACCGAGAAUGAUUUUUUUGGGCUGAUAUAGUUACUGGGAAUGGCAGAAGACAAGUUAGUCGAUACAUUUAAGGAUUUGGGAGUAUGUGACCAGUUGGUGGAGGCUUGUGAAAAUCUGGGAUGGAAAAUACCAUCGAAGAUACAGGCUGAAGCAAUUCCUCAGGCGCUUGAUGGAAAAGAUUUGAUUGGACUUGCUCAAACGGGUUCGGGUAAGACAGGAGCUUUUGCUCUUCCCAUUUUGCAAGCACUUUUAAACUCUCCAAAAGCAUUCUUUGCUUGUGUGCUAUCCCCUACAAGGGAGCUUGCAAUUCAGAUUCAUGAGCAGUUUGAAGCUUUAGGAUCAGGCAUCGGUGUUAAGUGUGCUGUGGUGAGAUUUUGGCCAAAAUUGCUUGUUGGGGGAGUGAACAUGAAGGAACAGAUUAAGAACCUUGAAGCGCAGCCACACAUUAUUGUUGCAACACCUGGUCGCCUUGUGGAUCAUCUUUGCAAUACAAAAGGUUUCUCCCUUCGUACAUUGAAGUAUUUGGUUUUAGAUGAGGCUGAUAAAUUAUUGAACGAGGAAUUUGAGAAAUCGAUCGAUGAAAUUUUAAAUGUUGUUCCUCGUGAGCGGAGCACAUAUUUAUUUUCCGCUACAAUGACAAAAAAGGUUAAGAAGCUCCAAAGGGCUUGUUUAAGAAGUAAUGCUGUGAAGAUUGAAGUAGCAUCAAAAUAUUCAACUGUUGACACACUAAAGCAGCAUUAUUGCUUUUUGCCAGCUAAGUACAAGGAUUGCUAUCUUGUAUAUUUUUUGAUUGAGAAGAGUGGAUUCUCAUCAAUGGUUUUUGUGCGUACCUGCGAUUCAACAUCUUUUGUUGCCCUGUUUCUUCGAAAUCUUGGAUUGAGGGCCAUUCCAAUUAAUGGCAAAAUGACCCAGUCGAAGAGACUUGGAGCCUUGAGAAGGUUCAAAGCAGGAGAAUGCAAUAUUCUUGUCUGCACUGAUGUGGCAAGUAGAGGACUUGACAUUCCAUCAGUUGAUAUGGUUAUCAAUUAUGAUAUACCUGAAAACCCCAAGGAUUAUAUCCAUCGAGUGGGAAGAACUGCUCGUGCAGGAAGGUCGGGUGUUGCUAUCUCUUUAGUGAGUCAGUAUCAGCUGCAAUUCUUUUUACAGAUUGAGAAACUUCUUGGCAAGAAGUUACCAGACAUUCCUAUUCAGGAAGAGGAAGUCUUGCUAUUGAUGGAGCGGGUCACAGAGGCCAAAAGAAUAUCUCUAUUGAAAAUCAAAGAAUCCGAAGGCAAGAACUCGAAGAGGCGAGGAAGAGAUGACGAUGAUGACGAGGGUAUGGACAAAUACUUGGGUAUGAAGAAUGUCAAGUCGCAUAAGAAGAUGAGGAAAUGAGUUUAACAGCUCUUUUUCUUGGUUGGAAAGGUUAGGCCUUCAAGUAUAUGAGCCUUGAACAAAUUGCCAUUAUAACGUCCGUCCGCUUUUCUGGAGGAUUGGAACCAGUCAAUGCGGGCAAAUGGUAUUUUUUUUCACGGAAUGUUACAACAAAACAAUUAUUUUGUCCUUCAAUUUUGUCUUGGUAGUUAGUUAUAAAUGUAAUAUCAGUAUUGGUUACGUACAUUUUAUAUAGAAGAACAUUCUACGUUUAAACUUUAUGCAAAAAUGAAUAAUGCCAUAUUAAUACAAGAGAUUUUGUUUUGGUGAUCUCAAA